UCUUUUUUCUCUUCCAUGGUUCUUCUGAUCCCUUCCUUUCCAACACACAGAUGUCCUCCGCGGCCGCACCUCGAACGAAAGAGCAGUGGCUGGAUUUAACUGUUCCAGAUCUACGAGCAGCACUCACCUCCCGCGGACUCUCGACCCGUGGAAACAAACCUGAGCUGAUAACUCGUCUCAUGGAUGAUGAUGCCGCCAAAUGCAGCAAGCAGCAAGCUGACGCAGCAGCAGCAGCACGAGCAGCAGCAGCACGAGCAGUCGCAGUAGCAGCACCACCACCACCACCACCAACACUACCGUCACCCAACACGGGCAGUGACAGCACUGCGAGCAGCACCAGCAGCAGCAGUAGCUCGGCUGCCGCACCACCACUCACAACCGCGCCUGCGGCUCAAGCACCGGCUGUUCAGCAUUUCGUGCCUCGACCAGCUCCAGGCACCACAUUCACUGUGUCCAGUGCGGACUUGGAAGGCAUCACUGUUCCGGACGAGAUCAAAGCAUUGUUGCGGGUUCAUGGCAAGAGCGUCGAAUUGCUCGAUCGCAACUUUUCAGAACUUUCAGCAGGUGCCUUGUAUCGAGAUCUGUUAAUGUCAGACGAAUCACCAGAACCUCGCUACCUCACCGGCGUUGGUGGUGUCGGCAAAAGCAGUAUUCUGCUGAUGCUGGCCGUGCUGGCGAUGCGCCACAACAGGGCCUUCUUCGAGCGCCUCGCUGCUGCUCCUGCUCCUGCUCCUGCUCCUGUUAAUGCUCCUGCUGCUCCCCCUUUCGAUGGCGCCAUUUUCCUCAUCUACCUGCCUCAGACGGAUGCCUUCAUUCAACAACCACCUGAGGUCGCGGCCAACCAACUGAUCGAAAAGUUGCGAAUUGCCAACCGCCGCUUGCUGAACUCUCGUAUGCUUGAUGAGCCCGCGUUUGAGUUACUCAAGGAUGCGUUUGUGCGACAAAAGAAUUCGUCUGGGCAUUUUGAGUCCGCACUCAACCAAUGGGGUCGCAUCAAUGCUGCGUUGGUUGGCCUCGAGUCCCAAAGUCACCGUUUCCGUGUCCUCGUCCUCAUCGACCAGUGGAAUUCAAUCAUUCAUCGCAAAGCCCUUCCAGUUGGCCACGAGGACAAGCUCACGGCAGACCAUCCUGCUCAAGCCUUCUACAAGCUCAGCUCCCAGUUCGGGUUCUCCCUUUUCGUCGCGGCAGUCAGCUCCUCUUUCGACCUGGGCUCAGAAAAUGCGCUGAAGGACGGACAGUCUUCUGGACGUAAAAUUCCCAUUCCGCCGCUCACUGCCGCGGAGGCUGAGACGCUGCGCGCCAUUUGGUACCACCGCAACCCACCGGAGAACAAGCCGCGUUUGAAAGUCACUGCCGAACAGAUGCAGAAGCUCUUCCUCAAAGUCGGUGGUGUCGCGCGCAUUUUGCAGUACUACGCAUCGUCGCGCUACGAAGCGAAUCCCGACACCAACUUUGCCGAGCUGUGCGAGGAGUAUUACGACAAGCGACUCAAACGCCUCAUCGAGUCCUACCGACCCCUUGAUACAUUCAACGAUCUUGUUCAAGACCUCUCCACGAUCUUCGUGCACGGUCGACUUUCUGUACAUUUGUCUGAAGUUUGGCUGAAGACCGGAAUGGUCAAGAAGGAUCCAGCGGAGCCUGAGCAGCUGAUUCCUGUGAGCGACCUCGCUCGCAGCGCUGCAGCCAGAGUCUUCAAGGCCGCGGGAGGUGGCUUCCUGCACCUGAUCUAUGCCGUCGCAACCAUCCGAUGGUACGCGAUAGAGACGUUUGUCUUGUUGCACCUCCGCUAUCCGACCAACGUGUUGAGAGGCAUUUCUCCAUCACAAACCGAGCUGAGCCUGCCCACGACAGUCAGCGAAACCCAUGUUCUCGAUCGGUCGAUCGGUGCCGGUAACGUCGAGGCGUAUCUGAAGACGUACAACAACGGUCACCCGUUCCCGGCGAACACUCUGUUCCUUCCUGGCUGGAGCACCCAUCCCGUCGCAGACGCAGUGUUGCUGACAACCAAACCGCAACCCAAUGCUACGCAACCCAAUGCUACGCAACCCAAUGCUACGCCAACCCUGGUGUUUUUCCAAAUCAGCGAAUCACCAUACAACAAACAUGGAACGCAAAUCCCUCAUCUUGCGACGUCGGUUCUGAGUAAGAGCACGACCGUGAUUGACACCUACCGCGCAUUGUAUGGUAUUGGCGAUGACGCAGCGUAUGACACACCGCAGAUCCGGCAAGGACAGCUGCCAGAGUGUGUCAAGUACAUCUACGCGACCACAGACACCAGCACCAGCACGACACACUCUGUGUUUUUCAUGCAAGCGAGCCAUUUGCGAUGGCUUGAUGCGACGGGAUGGGACAGAAUGACGGGAUCCCCUCCAGCUUCAUCUGCGCCGUAAUUUUUUUUUUGCCAAUCGCGCCGCAUUGUGAUGACCGACUGCUGUCAGGCAUUCUAUGUGUUUUUUAAUUCUGUUCGUGGUCAUACAUGUCUUGUAUAUCGAGUUGCGCUGCAAUUUUUAUUC